GAGACAAAACAGCGGGCGGCUAAUAAAGGGUCUGACGUUUUUACCGUGUUCUUACUGUGCCUUAAGUCUCUCCUCAAUAAAGAUAUUUCCCUAAAAGUAGCUUAUGACAGUAGGGGAAAUUUGUACACAGAAUACUCGCCGUUGUUUCCCCUGCUUCGUUUAGUUUCCCUUUUUAUUAGCUCGGAUGGAUUUUCAUAUCUUUUUAAUCUCCAGACUUGGCUUCUCUCCAUGGUCGUUAAGGAUUCUGUAGUUUACUCCAUAGCCAGUGAAAGUCUCUGGCUAUUCAGUCGAACUUUCCCCAUUAUCAACAACAGAAGUUUCCCACAGGUCGUCCAUAAAUUGUGUUUCAUGAAAUGGGUGACUGGUCGGUGAGAAUAAACGAUGUGGUGUUAAUUUUUGGGUAAGAUAGACAAUUUGACGUCAAUUUAAGGGGAUAGUAGACAAUUGUAUGCGAAUUUCGGGAAAGCAAGUGUCAAUUUCGAGACAUUUUUCCUCACUGGGUAAAAUACGCACUAUUUCCCUCGGACCUGGGGAGAAGACGAUAUUUAGGUGCAUUAUCGCUUCUAUUUACACCAACUUCACCUAAGAAUUCGCCCAAAAGUUCGUUUUUGUUCCCCCUAUCUUGUUCUUCUGGGGAAAUCUUACUGAUAAUGUUUAAUUGCAACAAUCAGAAGUACUAGUUUAUGCGUCAGAAAAAUUACUGAUUGGGACAUCUGCACAUGUUUCAAAUUUUAUGCUUUGUAGUGUAUAUGUUUUCAGAAUAGGCUCCCAGUACUCAAUAAUGGUUAGCUUAGCAUUUUGAUCUUCGAAACAACCUUAGGUUAAUAUUCUGACUAUCAGUAAAAAAUCUUAUCAGAUAAUGUCAUCCCAGCACGCAACUGAUAAAAUGAUGUUUAUCAAGUUUAGUACAAAGAAACUAAUAAUCUUGUCAAAAAUGUUGUACUUCCAACCAUUUGCCUGCUUUUGGAAUCAGUAUUUUGCAGUUAUCAGGUCGAAACAUACUGGUUUCGGAGUCAAAGAUAUAACUUAGUGUUAACUAUACCACUGCUACUAUGAUGUCUGUACACGGAAUUUUGUCUGUUGAUCAAUCAGUAAUCCAAGGAAUUUAGUACUUAAACUUUUAUAGACCAUGACAUCCUUCAUAAAUUUCGGAGUAUACAUAGCCGACAUUUCAAUAAACAUUACACACCGGCUGCUCUAGAGAACUUACAUAACGAGAGACUAUUUGUCAAGCUCAGAAAUCUCCCAUAGUUUUUAACUGUCUUACUGGUAGUUUUGCACAGUUUAGGGAAUACCAUCAUUUUACUGAAUUUAUAUUCGUUUAUAACUGUUCAUUCUAACUCCACUCGUCGGACUUAAUUUUGCAUAUCUAGUACCUUCAUAACAUCUCGUGAUCUAAAAACGUUUGUUUUCAAGUGAAAUAAUAGUGAAAACUUAUUUUGGAUACUUAUCAGUAUAAACUGGUAAUUCACUUCAAGACCUAUAUAUGCCUCACAUUUAUAAUGCUCAUCUAGACAUAAAUUGACGAUUAUACAAACUAAGAUACUUCUCCCUGGAUGUUGGAUUGUGUGCUGAUCUAAACUAACCCAGAUUCAUACUAGUUUAUUGAUUGCCCGGUUACUUUACAUGUAAUUCUGAGAGUUAGGGAUAAUAUCAAUAAGGAAUCCGUAAAUAUUACUUUUUAGGCAUUGUUAACCCUUCUGAAAACAGACUGAAUACAACUUCUCUUAUAUUACUUAGUCACUUGGUUGCUUCAGCAAGAGCUAAUUUAUCAUAUGUAGAAUGUUUUUCACUAGUCUUUCACAUCCUACCGUCGUUCAAAAACAGUUGUCUAGUGUUUUUACAUUUUAAAAUAACUUUUGAAAUCUGUAAAUCUUCAUAUCAGAAUAUUACUACUCGUUUUUACGUUACAAGACUCCAGAAUGGCAUCACAUCUUGCUACCCAUGUGUCAACUGUAGUUCUCGGACUGCUGUUCAUACUGCCUGGUAUAGUAAAGACAGUGCGCUUGAAUACAACACUUUACCGGGAAAUGUUAAAGACAUUCAAGAAUUUCACUGAAGUAUCACCACUAAGGCAUAUUGGAGUGAUACCUAGUCCUCAAAUCUACAUGCAGUCUAUGGGAGUUUUCGAACUAUUACUAGGCACUACGUUGGUUGUUGGACAUGUAUCGUUCAAGAAAUUCGCUUGUCUGGGAAUUAUGGCUCUUAUGCUGCUCACAACAUAUUGUCAGGUCGCCUUAAAAGAUUACAGUGCAGUAAGAACAGAGUAAUUGCUUAAUUUUUAUUGCCUUCAGACCAUUGUGCCUUGUGGAUACUUUUGCCUUCUUAGCAGGUUAUAUUUCUCCCUGGACAAACUUGAAGAUCGACGAGUAAAAUAAACUGAUUAAACUUUUAUGAAUCUUCUAUUAUGUACAUAACACAAUUCCGAUAUCUUUCGUUUUAUUCCCCGAGUGCUUCCAAAUAUAUUUUUUGUUGCG